CAAAAAGUAACGCCUAUGCAUCAAACAAGCACAGAGAGCGUGGAAGACAUGGCAGCGCUCGUAGAUCUCCAUGAAGGCUCCAUUAUGCACAACUUAUUCCAGCGGUAUCAGCAAGAUAAAAUCUAUGUAAGUAUUGGUUCGAUAGUUGCCUCUGUGAACCCUUACAAGAGCAUCCCGGGACUGUACGACCGCACCGCCAUGGAGCGAUACAGCAAGCACCACAUGGGAGAGAUUGCACCUCAUAUCUUCGCUGUGGCGAACGAGUGCUACCGCUGCCUUUGGAAGCGCCACGACAACCAGUGUAUCCUCAUCAGUGGCGAAAGCGGUGCUGGUAAGACGGAAAGCACAAAGCUGAUCCUCAAGUUUUUGUCUGCAAUGAGCCAACAGUCACUGGAGCUGUCCUGCAGAGAGAAGACCUCAUGUGUGGAGCAAGCUAUUCUUGAGAGCAGCCCAAUUAUGGAAGCUUUUGGCAAUGCGAAGACUGUUUACAACAACAACUCAAGUCGCUUUGGGAAGUUUAUUCAGCUGAACAUCUGUCAGAAAGGAAACAUUCAGGGAGGAAGAAUUAUAGAUUAUUUAUUGGAAAAAAAUCGUGUAGUAAGACAAAACCCCGGGGAAAGAAAUUAUCAUAUAUUCUAUGCUCUGCUGGCAGGGAUAGAAGAGAGAGAGAAAGAUGCUUUUUACUUAUCUGUACCGGAGAACUACCACUACCUGAAUCAGUCUGGAUGUAUAGCGGAUAAGACAAUCAGUGACAAAGAUUCUUUCAAGGAAGUCGUGACUGCAAUGGAAGUGAUGCAGUUCAGCAAGGAGGAGGUACGAGAAGUUUUGAGGCUGUUGGCUGGCAUUUUGCAUCUAGGAAACAUUGAGUUCAUCACUGCUGGUGGGGCACAGGUGUCCUUUAAAACAGCUCUGGGUAGAUCUGCUGAACUACUGGGGUUGGACUCCACACAGCUAACGGAAGCGUUGACACAGAGGUCAAUGAUACUCAGGGGAGAAGAAAUCCUAACACCUCUUAGUAUACAACAGGCAAUAGACAGCAGAGAUUCUAUGGCUAUGGCACUUUAUUCUCAGUGUUUUGCUUGGGUCAUUAAGAAAAUCAACAGUAGAAUCAGAAGCAAGGAAGACUUCAAGUCCAUUGGAAUUUUGGACAUAUUUGGAUUUGAAAACUUUGAGGUAAAUCGUUUUGAGCAGUUCAAUAUUAACUAUGCAAAUGAAAAGCUUCAGGAGUAUUUCAACAAGCACAUCUUUUCCUUGGAGCAACUGGAAUACAGCAGGGAAGGACUAGUUUGGGAGGACAUUGACUGGACAGACAAUGGAGAGUGCUUGGAUCUUAUUGAAAAGAAACUGGGCCUGCUGGCACUCAUCAAUGAAGAGAGCCAUUUUCCUCAAGCUACUGACUCCACCUUGCUGGAGAAGUUGAAUACCCAGCAUGCUAACAAUCCUUUUUAUGUGAAACCAAGAGUUGCCGUUCACAACUUUGGAGUGAAGCACUAUGCUGGGGAGGUCCAGUAUGAUGUCAGGGGCAUCUUGGAGAAGAACAGAGAUACUUUCAGAGACGAUCUCCUGAACUUGUUACGUGAAAGCAGUCUUGAUUUCAUCUAUGAUCUAUUUGAACAUGUUUCAAGUCGCAACAAUCAAGACACUCUUAAAUGUGGAAGCAAGCACCGAAAACCCACUGUCAGUCUCCAGUUCAAGGAAUCGCUCCAUUCUUUAAUGGCGACACUGAGUUCUUCAAAUCCUUUCUUUGUUCGGUGCAUCAAACCCAACGUGCAGAAGAUGCCAGACCAGUUUGAUCAGACGGUGGUGCUUAACCAGCUGCGCUAUUCUGGGAUGUUGGAAACAGUCAGGAUUCGGAGGGCUGGCUUCCCUGUCCGGAGGCCCUUUCAAGACUUUUAUAAAAGGUAUAAAGUCCUCAUGAGAAACUUAACUCUGCCGGAAGACUUAAAUGAGAAAUGUGCCGUCCUACUUCGUCUGUAUGACAACACAAGCACUGAAUGGCAGCUUGGAAAAAAUAAGGUGUUUCUCCGCGAGUCCCUGGAACACAAGUUGGAAAAACAGCGAGAGGUGGAAAUCACCAAGGCAGCAAUGAUUAUCCGAGCACACAUCUUAGGUUAUGCAGCCCGAAAGCAGUACAGAAAGGUUCUCUACUAUGUGGUUGUCAUACAGAAGAACUACAGAGCAUUCUGCGGUAGGAAAAGGUUCCUCUGCCUGAAGAAAGCAGCCAUAAUCCUUCAGAAGCAGCGGCGAGGCCAGCUUGCUCGACGUGUUUACAGGGAGCGACUGGAGGAGAAGCGGAGACAAGAGGAGGAAAGAAGAAAAGAGGAGGAAGAAAGGUGCGGUGGUGCCACUUACAUUGCUCUCCUGUCCGCUGAAGAAGAAAGAAAGAAGCAGGAGCUGGCUGCCAUUCAGAAAGCCCAGAAGGAGGCAGAGCUGAAGCAAGAGGUGGAGAAGCAGAAAGAAAGCAGGCAGGUGGAAGAAAUCCUGCGUCUGGAAAAAGAAAUUGAAGACCUGCAGCGUGUGAAGAAGCAGCAGGAGCUGUCCUUGACAGAGGCUUCAUUACAGAGGCUGCAGCAGCUUCGAGACGAGGAACUCCGGCGGCUCGAGGACGAAGCAUGUCGAGCAGCCCAGGAGUUCCUGGAAUCGCUGAACUUUGAUGAGAUCGAUGAAUGUGUCCGAAACAUUGAGCGGUCUCUCUCUGUGGGCAACGGGUAUCCUGCUGAGCUGACCGAACAGACUGGAAAUGCCUGCAGUGAAAAGCCCAAUUUUAACUUCAGCCAGCCAUAUCCUGAGGAGGAGGUAGAUGAGGGCUUUGAAGCUGACGAUGAUGCAUUUAAGGAUUCGCCCAACCCAAGUGAGCAUGGCCAUUCUGAUCAAAGGACCAGUGGCAUCAGAACAAGCGAUGAUUCCUCAGAAGAGGAUCCCUAUAUGAACGAUACUGUGGUGCCAACAAUUCCUUGCUCAAGUGGCGAAUCCACAUACUGCAUGCCAGAAAACGUGUCGUGUAGACCCCCAAAUUCUGUGGAACUUAUUUCUCCCGAUGGAGACUACGAUUACGACCAAGAUGAUUACGAAGAUGGUGCUAUUACUUCUGGUAGCAGCGUGACCUUCUCUAAUUCACACAGUAGCCAGUGGUCACCGGACUACCGAUGCUCAGUGGGGACGUACAAUAGCUCUGGAGCAUACCGAUUUAGCUCUGAAGGAGCUCAGUCUUCUUUUGAAGACAGUGAAGAAGAUUUUGACUCCAGGUUUGAUACAGAUGAUGAGCUUUCCUACCGGAGGGAUUCAGUCUAUAGCUGUGUCAGCCUGCCCUACUUUCACAGCUUUCUGUACAUGAAAGGUGGCUUAAUAAACACAUGGAAGCGACGCUGGUGUGUCCUGAAAGAUGAGACCUUCCUGUGGUUUCGUUCCAAGCAGGAAGCACUUAAGCAGGGUUGGCUUCACAAAAAGGGGGGUGGAUCAUCUACGCUUUCCAGAAGGAACUGGAAGAAGCGAUGGUUUGUUCUCAGACAGUCCAGGUUGAUGUACUUUGAAAAUGACAGUGAAGAAAAGCUAAAGGGUGCCAUUGAUGUCCGAACAGCCAAAGAGAUUGUUGAUAAUACAGGCAAAGAAAACGGUAUUGAUCUAGUAAUGAGUGAUAGGACCUACCACUUAAUUGCUGAGUCUCCUGAGGAUGCAAGCCAGUGGUUUAGUGUACUGAGUCAAGUCCAUGCGUCCACUGAGCAAGAGAUCCGAGAGAUGCAUGAUGAGCAGGCAAAUCCACAGAAUGCUGUGGGUACGCUUGAUGUGGGACUAAUUGAUUCUGUCUGUGCGGCUGACAAUCCAGAUAGACCCAAUUCAUUUGUGAUCAUCACUGCUAAUCGUGUUCUUCACUGUAAUGCUGACACUCCUGAAGAGAUGCAUCACUGGAUAACCCUGCUCCAAAGGUCGAAGGGGGACACUAGAGUGGAGGGACAAGAAUUCAUUGUGAGGGGAUGGCUACACAAGGAAGUAAAGAACAACCCAAAGAUGUCUUCACUGAAAUUAAAGAAGCGUUGGUUUGUUUUGACGCACAAUUCUUUGGACUACUACAAGAGUUCGGAGAAAAACGCUUUGAAAUUGGGUACGCUGGUCCUGAACAGCCUCUGCUCAGUGGUCCCACCUGAUGAAAAAAUCUUCAAAGACACAGGUUAUUGGAAUGUCACUGUAUACGGACGCAAACAUUGUUACCGUCUCUAUACAAAAUUGCUUAAUGAGGCGACUCGCUGGUCAAGUGCCAUCCAGAAUGUGAUUGACACAAAAGCGCCAAUUGAUACUCCGACUCAGCAACUUAUUCAGGAUAUUAAGGAAAACUGCCUGAAUGCUGAUGUGGUUGAACAGAUUUAUAAGAGAAACCCUAUUCUCCGUUACACUCACCAUCCAUUGCACUCGCCAUUACUGCCACUGCCGUACGGGGACAUCAAUCUGAACUUGCUGCAAGACAAAGGCUACACAACUCUGCAGGAUGAAGCCAUCAAGAUAUUUAAUUCUUUACAGCAGCUGGAGUCUAUGUCUGACCCCAUCCCUAUAAUCCAAGGUAUCCUCCAAACAGGACAUGAUCUACGACCUCUUCGAGAUGAGCUCUACUGUCAGCUCAUCAAGCAGACCAAUAAAGUGCCUAACCCUGGGAGCGUGGGGAACCUCUAUAGUUGGCAAAUACUCACCUGCAUGAGUUGCACAUUUCUGCCGAGUCGCAGCAUCCUCAAAUAUCUCAAGUUCCAUCUCAAAAGGGUUCGCGACCAGUUUCCAGGAACUGAAAUGGAGAAAUAUGCACUUUUUACUUACGAAUCCCUGAAGAAAACCAAAUGCAGAGAGUUUGUGCCAUCGCGGGAUGAAAUAGAAGCUCUGAUUGGCAGGCAGGAAAUGACAUCCACAGUUUAUUGCCACGGUGGGGGCUCUUGCAAGAUUACAAUCAACUCGCACACUACAGCUGGAGAGGUGGUUGAAAAGUUAAUUCGUGGCUUGGCCAUGGAGGAUAGCAGAAAUAUGUUUGCUUUGUUUGAAUACAAUGGAACUACUGAUAAAGCAAUUGAAAGCAGAACCAUUGUGGCUGAUGUCUUGGCAAAGUUUGAAAAGCUUGCUGCCACUGCUGAAGCUGGAGAGAUGCACUGGAAGUUCUACUUCAAGCUCUACUGCUUCCUGGACACAGAAAACGUCCCUAAAGAUAGUGUGGAAUUUGCCUUUAUGUUUGAGCAGGCUCAUGAAGCGGUGAUUAGAGGACAUUACCCUGCCCCCGAAGAAACCCUCCAGGUCCUUGCAGCUUUGCGUCUUCAGUACCUUCAGGGAGAUUACGCUCUGCACACCACCGUACCCGAAAUGGAGGAAGUCUAUCCCUUGCAAAAGCUGAAGUCUCGGAUUACACAGUCUACCAAAACAUUUACUGCAGCAGAGAAGGCUGAGAAGAAACGAGCCAGCUUUCUUGAAGGAACAUUGCGCAGGAGUUUUCGUAGUGGCUCUGUCAGCAAACAGAAGGUUGAGGAGGAUCAGAUGUUAGACAUGUGGGUCAAAGAGGAAAUCUCAGCUUCCAGGACUAGUAUCAUUGACAAAUGGAAAAAACUCCAGAGGAUGAACCAGGAGCAGGCUAUGGCAAAGUAUAUGGCUUUGAUUAAAGAAUGGCCUGGCUAUGGCUCAACACUCUUUGACGUAGAGUGUAAAGAAGGGGGAUUCCCACAGGAGUUGUGGCUUGGAGUCAGUGCCGAUGCAGUUUCUGUCUACAAGCGUGGGGAAGGCAGGCCUCUGGAGGUGUUUCAGUAUGAGCAUAUCUUGUCAUUUGGUGCACCACUUGCCAACACCUACAAGAUUGUGGUGGAUGAGAGAGAACUGCUUUUUGAAACUAGUGAGGUGGUUGACAUCGCAAAGCUGAUGAAAGCUUACAUCAGUAUGAUUGUGAAAAAACGCUACAGCACCUCUCGAUCCGUGAGUAGUCAUGGAAGUCAGGGCAGCUCCAGGUGA